AUGACGAGUCCCGGCUUCGGGCUGCUAUUUUUGACUUCUGUUUUUGUUUGCGGUUAUGGUAAGUCGAUGAAAGCCUCAAACCAACUCUAAGUGGAAGAUUAGGUCAUCAUAUCGAAGAUUUAUUUCUGGAGGUUUGAUUUAUCAAAGGAAGCAUGAAAUAUUGGGAAGAAUUGUCAUUAUAGAGAACUUUACUAACAGGGGAAAUAACUCAAGAGCGACGCUCAGAUCUUGAUGAAAAAUGGCACAAAUUUAGAGUAUUUUUUCUAAGACUUAUGUGAGAAUCCCUACUUGCGCUUUGCAGAAACAACCGAGAUUUUUAGAUCGAAAGUCGGCGAAAAUUUGAUAAUUUUUGCCGAACUUGGGCACGAAAAGUUUCACACCUAUUUCUACUGUAAAGGGUAAUGUUUCCACAAAAAAAGAAAAUCUUUCCGUCCGAAACUAGCAAAGUUAUGGUCAAAAUGUGUUCUUAUCUCUGACCGCUCUCCACGUUUAGUGUAUUCUCUCGGUGGCAAAAAUUGUCCAAUAUCUCGGCAGCGCCCGCAAAGGGCGAGAUAAAACUUUGAGAAAUUGAUUUAAGUUCAUGCUUGAUAUGUGUGCAAAAUCUAAAGAAAAUCUGAGCGUCGCGCUUGGGGUACUUCCCUUGUAAGUGCUAAACUGUCACGUCCAAAAGUAGGAGCCACCAUAAAAGUACUUUCCUUGUAAAAAUAUUGCUCAAACUUUGAGAAAUUUAAUACAGAGCCUCUAGGACAGAGUUCUUACUACUCUUCGCAGAAACGGUCUCUUUGUUCUGCAUGGCUUUAUAAAUGGAGAUUCAAAAAGUAGUUGGCAAAAACACCCUUUCCUUUCUGCGAGGCACAGCAUUCCGAAUUAUUUUUGCCGCCGACCGGCGUCCGAAAAAAAUGAAAAAAUGAGAUACGCCUCUUACAUUUUUGCCAAUAUCUCGCUAGCCUCGAAGUGUAGCGUGAAUCUGAAAAUUGUGUUUCAAAGCUGACACAUUUGUCCUUCAGAAUAUAUUAAUUUUGUAAUAAUACUUAUUAUGUACGGCAAGGAAACCGUUGCUGAAAAAUGGCAAAUUUCAACAUUCAAUGCCAGAAAAAUGUACUUUCAAAGUGCCAGAUCACAAAAUUAUGGGCCUCAUUGUGUACAGCAUCUUGAAUACUAUAAGAUAUAACAAUUUCAGGCAUUUUCUGGCCCGGUUCGCAGAGUUAUAGCCGAAAAACUGCAAUUUUGGCCUUCUUAUUGUGCAAUCUGCACUUUAAAAGUACAUACAAAAAAUCCCUCUUAAAUUAUUGUUGCCCAGGUUGUCAUGGACCAUUGCGCAAAAUCUCAGCUUUCCAGGACUCCUCCGGAAAAAGUUAUAACGGUUACAAUAUGGGACCCUCGUAUGUCCAAUAUUUAGUAAAAUACGGUGAACUAUGGUGCAAUAUGGUGUUACAUGAUGGAAUUUCUAUUGCUGCUGUCGCGUUGGUUGGGGUACAACAAUUUUAUCGUAAUUACACGGUCAACUACAUAAAAAAAUUUCCCAGCUAUGUCCCCAACUUUUCACUGUUUUCCCUUUAGUGUAGCGAAAACUUGAAAUCGUGUCCCUCGUGCGGAAAAAUCUGAGAGACAGUGUUCAGGUUUCGAGUAAGUUUACGUAGGCCAUAUAGAGCUAUUUUUUGCCAUGGUGUACUGUAUUUUACAAAAUAUUGGGCAUACAAGGGUCACACAUUGUAACGGUUAUAACUUUUUCCGGAGGAGUCCGGGAAAGCUGAGAUUUUGCGCAAUGGUCCAUGACAACCUGGGCCACAAUAAUUUAAGAGGGAUUUUUUGUAUGUACUUUUAAAGUGCAGAUAGCACAAUAAGAAGGCCAAAAUUGCAGUUUUUCGGGUAUAACUCUGCGAAUCGGGCCAGAAAAUGCCUGAAAUUGUUAUAUCUUAUAGUAUUCAAGAUGAUGUACACAAUGAGGCCCAUAAUUUUGUGAUCUGGCACUUAGAAAGUACAUUUUUCUGGCAUUGAAUGUUGAAAUUUGCCAUUUUUCAGCAACGGUUUCCUUGCCGUACAUAAUAAGUAUUAUUACAAAAUUAAUAUAUUCUGAAGGGCAAAUGUGUCAGCUUUGAAACACAAUUUUCAGAUUCACGCUACACUUCGAGGCUAGCGAGAUAUUGGCAAAAAUUUAAGAGGCGUAUCUCAUUUUUUCAUUUUUUUCGGACGCCGGUCGGCGGCAAAAAUAACUCGGAAUGCUGUGCGAGGCACAACCGAGACACCAUUCAUUCAUAUUUUGAAAAUUUGCAUUCCUUUUACCUCUCCUUUUUUAUGGGUUUCUGUGUUCACGCAUUUGCAAAAAAAAUGACUGUUCUUUAGUCUACCCCCUAAUUCAAAAUUUCAGCGCGCUUUUUCUCCUACACCCCAAGACUAGAAGAACUUCUUGGCCAUGAAACUCCAAAACUGGCCAACGGAGACACAGUGAGUUUGGAUGUCCUCCUAAAUCAAGAUGGAGAUCAACUCGCCAAGUACUCGCAAGCUUUUCAACGACUAAAGGAGAUCAAUAAAGACGCUAAAAAGCUGAUUUUGGACGGCGGUUUCUUUUAUCGAUUCGAGCAAUUUGUAAGCAAACAACUUGUUUUCGAUGAAAAGUCUCUUUUUCCAGGGAGAAAAAUUCUUGGAAGCGGAGGUCGAACGGACAGUUGAUGGAAUCAAAGCAAUCGUCGAUGCUGCAAAACAAAAUGAAUUGGAGAUUCAAAGCUUUAAUGUUAGACUACAGUGGUUAAUGUAUUACACGGUAGGGUAACAAAUUUUUGAUCGCAACGGAAAGGCAGUCAAUUUUAUAUUCAAGCAGUCAUAUUAUUGACCACCAAUUUCAUGUAUUUCGUACAGUGGGGGACCUGAUUCAGUGGCAAAAAACGUAGCAUUUUGAAUCCGGGAAGUAUCAAAAAUGUGGCAAAAUGCCUCCCUCUCCAAGUGAAAAAACUUUUUUUUGAAGGGCGCGCCCUUUUUCCUUGCAAAAAGAGCGGUCGCGUUUUUGAAAGCUGAUUUUUUUCACUUGGAGAGGGAGGUAUUUUGCCACAUUUUUUGAUGCUUCUUGGAUGCAAAAUAAAACGUUUUUUGCCACUAAAUCAGGUCCCCACUGUGUGAAAUUGAAAUUACUUUCUUAGGUCAGCCACGACACCUACAACUACCCCGCUAUUCUCAAAAAACACUUCAACGUUACCGUACGGCCCGAUGAUUACGUCGAUUUCAAAACCGUCCUCGAAUACAACAAUACCGACGUCACAGUUCAUGCCGAGCUUCAAUUUGACCCUCGAAAAAAUCGUCAUCAACCAGGUGGUCGGGUCUCCGAGAACCCAAGAAAAGGCGAAGUAAUCGGAGAACGUUCCACAACCGGACAUGGACAUGCUUUCUGGCUUGAGGACAUGGCUUAUGUGCUGGCCAAUCGCGCUGCAAUGCCCGUGUUUCCCAUGGACUUUGUCUUCUUCAGCCCGCUGCAAGAGUUUGCCGAAGAACCGGAGGUGUUUUACAGACAGGCCGUGAAGAAGUUGGGGACGUUAUUCAGAGAGAAGAAAGCUGUGAAUUUGUAUGGAUCAGCGGUGGUUAAGGCGGCUGAGAAUGUAAGUAAAAGGCUUUAAAAUACCACGCCUUGAAAACAAAAUCUACAGUAAAGGACCGGAUCCAGUGGCAAAAAACGUAUCACUUCGCAUCCGGGAAGUAUUGAAAAUGCAGCAAAAUACCUCCCUCUCCAAGUGAAAAAAAACUCAGGUUUCAAGAGCGCCCCUUUUCCUUCACAAAACGAGCGGGCGCGCUUUUGAAAUCGGUGUCUUUUACUCGGAAAUGGAGGUAUUUUGCCACAUUUUUGCUACUUCCGGGAUGCAAAACGGUAUUUUUUUGCCACUGGAUCAGGUCCGCCACUGUAUUGUCGGUAAUCAAUUUCAGAGCCGUCUUGAGUUCCUCAACGAGUUCUCAAAGGUCAAGCAUAACAUUGACGCGGCUGUCAAGGCCUUUGAGGACAACAACUACCCGAUUCUUGGUGUCUCCGUCAAAUUGUACUUCCAAUUCUCAGACAAAGCUACGGCAGACGUUUCAAGUGUCAUAUCGAAGACUUAUGGAGUCAACGUAGACUCACAACUUGGCCAGAAGGCAAUUCUCUUCUCCUACAACGUUUCAGAACAGCCAGUGAAAGUUGAGGUCCAUUUGGACAUUCCCCAAGACGUUGAGGAUGUCUUGGACAACACUAAACUCCGACAAAGCCCAUUGUACAAAGUGGACUAA